ACCCCUCUCUAAUAUUCACUUUCUCUCUAAUUUGAUAUCUUCACAUUCUUUCUAUUCUAUUUUAUCUCUCUCAAAGCUCCCUCUCUCUUAAUACUACCUUCUCUAAGAAUUGCUAUGGCUUCUAAGAUGAUCUGUUACAUUUUUUCCCGAUGAUUUGUGAAUUUGUUUUUUACUCAAGAAUGACAAAUAUCAAGAUGUUCUUGGACACUUUCAGAAAGAUUUUGAAGACUGGGGUGUCCGCGAAGAAUUUGGGUAAGUUUUAACCUAGAACCCUAAUUCAUCUCACAUUGGCCUGCAAAAUAAUUAAUUUUUUGGUCUAAUAAUAUUGAGGAACAAAACUAUAGGGGCGGAAUUUGGUGGUUAUGGAUCAAGAUCCAGAUGCUGAUUGUGUUAACCCUGAAGAAUAGAAAUGGGUUGAAACCUAUGGUUGAUGGGAAUUCUUUGUUGAAUGGUGGUGGAGCGAAAGGUCCUUCCUCUGGGAAAAACAGUACGUCGGGUGGAUCGGGGAGUACGAGUGAUGAUACGAAGGGAGGGUCGGAUUCAAGUUCGAGUGAUUCGGUUGAAACGAAGAAAUCCAAAAGGAAAAACGUGGUUUUGAUUGUAGCUCCCAUUGCUGGUGUUGCGGCUGCUGCUUUUCUGUUGAUUCCGCUUUACGCGUAUUGUUCGGAUUGGUAAAACUCGCACCUAAUGGCGAAAAAUCUGUAGUGACUAAACUUGCUGGGACUUUUGGAUACUUGGCUCCUGAAUAUGCAGUGACAGGAAAAAUCACAACCAAAGUAGAUGUUUUCAGUUUCGGAGUCGUGUUAAUGGAGCUGUUGUCUGGAUUGAUGGCACUCGACGAGGAUAGACCCGAGGAAAGCCAAUACUUAGCAGCAUGGUUCUGGAAUAUAAAAUCCGAUAAGAAUAAACUAAUGGCUGCAAUUGACCCAACUCUCGAAAUAACCGACGAAACAUUCGAGAGCGUCUCAAUUAUCGCAGAGCUAGCCGGCCACUGCACAGCUAGAGAAUCAAACCAAAGGCCAGAAAUGGGCCAUGCUGUCAACGUCCUCGCACCACUCGUUGAAAAAUGGAAACCGUUUGACGACGACCCCGACGAGUAUUCCGGCAUUGACUAUAGUCUUCCACUUAACCAAAUGGUGAAGGGUUGGCAGGAGGCGGAAGGAAAAGACACAAGUUAUAUGGACUUAGAAGACAGUAAGAGUAGUAUCCCCGCGAGACCUACUGGAUUUGCGGAUUCUUUUACUUCGGCGGAUGGCCGGUGAAACAAAUGGUUGCUUGUCGCUUUGUUGAAUGUUGCUAUUUUAUUUAUUUAGUUUUUUUUUAAUCUUUUCUUAGGUGUAGAUAGCAUGCUAUGAUGCUCUUUCUGUCUAAAAAAAUGCUAAGGCAAAAUGUGAGAAUGUUUGUAAUUUCUACUAUGUGAUACAUUGAAGUGUUAAUGGUUGUAGAUAGUGGAGAAACAAUCAAUGAGAAUGCUUGUAAUUUGUUCAUUCA